AUGGGCUUGAAGCAACGGAUUUCGAAAUGGCUGCCCUCUUCGCCGAGUCUACCGUUGGAUGACUCGUCGCGCGAAAAGGGCCGCAACGUUUCUAGAUUCGCCUUUUUCAAGCGGAGGAUACGGCUGAAGGGCAACUCGUCGAUUUCGAUACCCCUGGGAUUCGUGCUCCUAUUCCCGUGUCUCGUCAUCGUCCUUGUCCUGCUUCUCUUCGUCCGACAUCCUGCCUCCCCCGGUGGCAUCCUCAUUCCAGCAGGCACGCCCCCGUCUAUAAGGUUGGUUUGA